GGGGCCGCGGGCGGCCGCCAUGUGGCCGUGCGGAGGGCGGCGGCAGCGGCGGUUCGGUGGCGUCGCGCUGCUCCUCCUCGUGCUGUGGCUGCUGGCACGCAGGUUUAACUGGAGUGAGCUGGUCCCACUGCGGCUGUGGGGCAGGACGCUGGGGCUGCAGACUGAGCACUCACAGUUCCUGUUGGAGGGAAUGCCUUUCCGUAUCUUCGGAGGUUCGAUGCAUUAUUUCCGAGUCCCCAGGGAGUACUGGGAAGAUCGCAUGCUCAAGAUGAAGGCGUGUGGCUUGAACACCCUCACAACGUAUGUACCGUGGAACCUUCAUGAACAAACACGAGGGAAGUUUGACUUCAGUGAGAACCUGGAUCUAGAGGCCUUCCUUUCCCUGGCAGCUAAAAAUGGGCUGUGGGUGAUUCUGCGUCCUGGACCUUACAUCUGCUCAGAGUGGGACCUUGGUGGCCUGCCCAGUUGGCUGCUGCAGGACCCAGAGAUGCAGCUGAGAACAACAUACAAGGGCUUCACAGAGGCAGUGGAUGCCUAUUUUGAUCAUCUCAUGCCUAUCGUAGUCCCUCUUCAGUACAAGAGAGGAGGUCCCAUCAUUGCAGUGCAAGUGGAGAAUGAAUAUGGUUCCUAUGCCAAAGACCCAAACUACAUGGCCUAUGUGAAAAUGGCUCUGUUAAGCAGGGGGAUUGUGGAGCUGCUGAUGACCUCGGACAACAAGAAUGGGUUAUCAUUUGGCUUAGUGGAAGGAGCAUUGGCCACUGUUAACUUUCAGAAGUUGGAACCUGGUGUACUGAAAUACCUGGACACAGUACAGCGAGAUCAGCCCAAGAUGGUAAUGGAGUACUGGACUGGCUGGUUUGAUAACUGGGGAGGCCCUCACUAUGUCUUCGAUGCAGAUGAAAUGGUGAAUACUGUAGCAAGCAUCCUCAAAUUAGGAGCAUCCAUCAAUCUCUACAUGUUUCACGGAGGCACCAACUUUGGCUUCAUGAAUGGUGCUUUGAAGACUGAUGAAUACAAGUCAGAUGUCACCAGCUACGAUUACGAUGCUGUGCUGACAGAAGCUGGAGACUAUACAUCCAAAUUUUUCAAGCUCCGACAACUCUUCAGCACAAUCAUUGGCCAGCCUCUUCCUCUCCCUCCCAUGAUUGAAAGCAAGGCGUCGUAUGGUGCGAUCCUGUUGCAUCAAUACAUCUCUCUCUGGGAUGUGUUACCAUCACUUGUACAGCCCGUUAAAUCAGAGUUUCCAGUUAACAUGGAGAACCUCCAACUAAAUGACAGCAGUGGGCAGUCCUAUGGAUAUGUACUCUACGAGACUGUCAUAUUUGGUGGUGGACACCUGCAUUCUAGAGACCAUGUCCGGGACCGAGCACAGGUGUUUGUUAACACCAUGUAUGUUGGUGAGCUGGACUACAACACGGUGGAGCUCUCCCUUCCUGAAGGACAGGGAUUCAGGCAGUUAAGACUCUUGGUUGAGAACCGUGGUCGUGUCAAUUACGGCCUGGCGCUGAAUGAGCAGCGGAAAGGCUUAAUUGGUGACAUCUUCUUGAAUAAAACCCCCCUGAGGAACUUCAAGAUUUACAGUCUGGAGAUGAAACCUGACUUCUUGAAAAGCUUGCAGCACACAACUGGAUGGAGCGCAGUCCCAGAUUACUUUGUUGGUCCAGCUUUUUUUCGUGGAAAGCUACGGAUAGAGCAUCAACCACAGGACACUUUCCUGAAGCUACAGGGCUGGGAAAAAGGAGUUGUGUUUGCCAAUGGUCACAACCUUGGCCGCUACUGGAAAAUUGGACCUCAGGAAACACUGUACCUUCCUGGCCCUUGGUUGUGGAAAGGGAGCAAUGAGAUCAUCAUUUUUGAGGAACGCACUGCAGGACGGAUCAUACAGUCUGUCGACAUACCUUACUUGGGAAGGACCCAGUAUGUGGACUGAUGGGAGCAUCUUUCCCAUGUUUGGUUCAUCUUGAGCACUCUUGGUUGCAUGUCUGGGGACAUGAUGGCCCAUGCACUUGGGCCUCUUAAUUUCCACUAGACCCAGGUCAAGGAUUUGCUCUUUGGCAGUAAGCUCAGAAGAGAGAACGGGCCCCAAAGGAACUGGAAUCAGUUGUUUCAUUGAUUGGAUGCAGAAGCUCAUCUGUGUGCACUGCUGAGGAGCUGUGGCUUGGAUGGCUGUGCAUGAUGUUAUGGACAGCAGUGAAUGUGAGGGAGUAACACGGUGCUGGAGGCAGGAGAGAGAGUGAACUGAACUCUGAGUCCAGCUCUCCACUGACUUUAAAAUCGUGUUAUGACUGACCUCUUCAUUUUUAUAAUUAAGGAGAAAAUAGUUGGUGAACAUAAGUAACCAGGUGUGGAGACCCAUGGUGUUGUACUUCCAGGUGGAAUUUAUCAAUGCAGUCUGCAGAGGGGCUGCCACUGGUUCACUUGUUGGAAGCCACGUUGGUUGUCAAAUGAGUUAACUGUGAGCUUUGUUCCACUGUGUUUUAAUAUGGAGGUUGUCUCUCUCUCAGAAAG